AUGUCGAAAAAGAAAUCGCGAGUGUGGACAUUCUUCGAUGAUGUUGAAGGAGAACCGACAAAAGUGAAAUGUAACCAGUGCCAGGGAAUAAUUUCACGCGGUGGUCAAGGUAGAAAAGCGAAUACUACAAGUAUGACUAAUCACAUAAAAUAUAAGCACAACGGGGUGAUGCCUCAAUUGGCAGGUUCUAUUAAAAGUAGUUCGAAUGAAGUCCAUUUGUCUUCACGUUUUCAAUCGCAACCUGAGCCCUUUUCACCGACGCCAGUUCCGUCAACUUCAGCGAGAGGCGAAGUUUACAUACAACAAACUAUUCAAGAUAGUGUAAUGGUCCAGUGGUCGCUUCAGGACUCCCGAUCAAGAGAAAUAAGUGUUGCUAUAGGAGAGAUGAUUGCCUUGGAUAACCAACCUCUAUCAAUUGUGGAAAACAGUGGUUUUAUCAGUCUAAUGAAGAAACUUAAACCAAAAUAUGUACUUCCUAGUAGAAAGUAUUUGUCAGAAAAUAUCAUUCCCAACAUUUAUGAGAAAACUAAAACUGAAAUACGAUACGGAGUGCUCAGCGCUACCGCGCUAUCCGUAACUACAGAUUUGUGGACAAAUACAAACAAUAAGGAAAGUUUUUUAAGCUUUACAGCACACUGGUUGGAUAACGAUAUGAAAUUUCGUCACGCAGUACUCCAGAUGAAACAUUUUCCUAUGUCUCACGAUGCACAUAGUAUAAAAGUGUGUCUCGAAGAAAUUCCUGCCUCAUGGAAUAUAAGUGCAGCCAAAAUACACGCUGUUGUGCGAGAUAAUGGGAGGAACAUUACGAAGGCUAUCGAUGAAUCGAUUUUCAAAGCAGUUCCAUGUUUUAUUCAUACUAUGCAAUUGGCAAUCCACGACUCGCUUAAAAUUGACUAUAUAGCACAAAUUCUUCAAAAAUCGAGGCGUAUCGUUACGCAUUUCAAUCACUCAGCACCAGCUCAACAAAAACUAAGUGCUAUUCAAAAAGAGCUUAAUUUACCUUUACAUCUUCUUGUUCAAGAUGUUUCCACAAGGUGGAACUCUUCUUAUUACAUGAUGUUUCGUCUGUUAGAGCAAAAACGAUCCGUUUCUUUGUAUGUGACAGAAAAUGCAGUUAAUUUUGAGAAUUUAUCGACCGAGGAGUGGAAGUUACUCGAAAAAUGCAUUACGCUACUAAAACCGUUUGAAGAGGUGACGAAAAUAAUUAGUUCAAGUUGCUCCUCGAUAUCUGAAGUUAUUCCUCACCUAAAAAUACUGGAAAAAUAUCUGGAAAACUAUACAGACGAAGACGGAAAUGAGCAAUUAAUGGAAAUGAAAACUGCAUUGCAAAAGGGCUUGAAAACUAGAUUCAGAAAUUUGGAACAGAAUAAAUUGUUUUACUUGCAACUUUGCUCGAUCCAAGGUACAAACUACAGUUUUUUGAUAAUGAAAAUAUAG